AGCUGGAGUAGAUUGAUCCACCAAUAUCAGGAGCCUCCAAGAGCAAAACUUUCAUCCUUCCGAGAGAGCCUGGCCUCAUCAUGGAGCCCAGUGACUUUGACUCUGAAGACAAAGAGCUGCUGAGCUGGGACAUUAACGACAUGAAGCUGCCCCAGAAUGUGAAGAAGACUGACUGGUUCCAGGAGUGGCCAGAUUCCUAUGUGAAGCACAUCUACAGCGCGGAGGACAGGAGUGCACAGCGCCACCUAAGCAGCUGGGCCAUGCGCAACACCAACAACCACAACUCACGCAUCCUUAAGAAGUCCUGCCUGGGUGUGGUGGUCUGCGGCCGAGACUGCUCCACAAAGGAUGGACGGAAGAUCUACCUGAGGCCCGCCAUUUGUGACAAAGCCCGGCAGAAGCAGCAGCGGAAAUGCUGUCCCAACUGCAACGGGCCUCUGAAGCUGAUUCCCUGCCGAGGCCACGGCGGCUUCCCAGUCACCAACUUCUGGAGGCAUGACGGACGCUUCAUAUUUUUCCAGUCAAAGGGACAGCAUGAUCAUCCGAGGCCAGAGACCAAGUUAGAAGCGGAGGCAAGAAGAGCAGUGAAGAAAGUGCAUGCAGCAUCACCCUCUGUCUCCUUAAAGCGGAAGGGAAGCCCAGAGACCAAGGUUCCUCCAAGUAAAAGGCCAAAUCAGGGAAGUUUACCUUUAACUUGGUCAUUCCAGGAAGGUGUCCACUUGCCUGGUAGUCACAGUGGACACUUAAUAGCUAACGCUCCCCAGCAGAACCCACUGAAUGAUUGCUUACCCUUCUCCAAGAGCUACGGGUCAGGGGGACCCAUAGAUACUACGGAUCUGGCGAGUCUGCCAUCCACGUUGGACUCCACUAAGCUCUAUGAAAAAUGCAAGCUGUCCGAUGGUCGGAUUCACAGCAAUGGAGACCUUUUUCAGCCUUCAGCACCAGGAGUCUACUCAGAUUAUGACGAUCUACAAACGUGGAGUAAAAACUCUGCUUUGGGAAGAAAUUCUCUUAAUGACAGCUGCUGCCCCACUUAUCCUUUUCCUCUGACCAACUGGCCUUGUGACUUCUUUCCUUCCCAGAACUCUUUGGAACCCUUGCCCCAGCAGAUUCCUUUGGAGCCACCUGCACCCAAAGCCAGCUGCCACCCUUUGUGGCCAAAUCCAGGAGGUGAUGUUUACGAGGAGAAAAUACCUGUCGAUUUCAACAGCUAUGUGCCUUCCCUCACAUACCCUGCACCACAGGAAGACCCCUUCCUGCUCACCUAUACCUCUCAUCCUCACCAGCAAUACUCACUGCCAGGCAAGAGUGGCCGAUGGGAUUUUGAUGAAGAAAUGACAUGCAUGAGUUUGGAUCACUGCAACAGUGAAAUGCUUCUGAACCUCUGUCCUUUGAGAUGACUCAGAUCUUCCAUAGACCACCUCAUACCCUUAAAAAAGCUACUUUUGGAAAUGGCUAGAAUUUCUCAUUUUCAAGAUAUAACUGCAGGUAAAUGAGACUCAACAAGCAAUAAACUUCUUUGUUACUGCAAGAAAUCUUUUUCCCUCCUAGUACUCUCAUCCUUGCCCAGAAACGGACAUUCAUCCAAUGUGCUGUGUCAAAUGCCCCCUGGUUUCCCUCCACAUCAUUCUGGGCCUUGGGCACCUCAAUGAAUUAUCCAUUGGGUUUUCACUGUUGCUAACACAUAUCAAGUGGACAAAGAUGGGAAAAGUGUACGUACUUAGGAUCUCACCUGUGCCUCCUUGGGAACUGAAAAUGAAGGAGCAGACUCUCUUAAUUACUUUCUUGUCACUGAAAGAAACAAUACCCAACACCCAUAACUUAAGGGAAGAGAAGUUUGCUUUGGCUCGUAUUUCAAUCUGUGGAGUGCUCUAAGGCAGAAACAGCAUGACAGAGGGCUAUGGAGGAGGAGAAGCUGCUCAUGUCAUGAUGGUGGAGAAGCAGAGAGAAUCAAGAGAUCCUCUACUGAGAAGACUGCACCUCUUAACAGCAAGUCAGCUAUAAUGCCCCCAUAAUCCUAUCACUUCCCAAAAGCCCCAUGUAUGAUAACAUGAGGCUCUUGGAAAACAUAGAUAUAAGCCAUAACAUCCUGCCCCUGGUCUCCAAAAGAUUUGAGUACAUUUCUUUAUCCAAAAGGCAUUAUAUUCAUCUUUAAAAGUCAGAAGUCUCCUCUGAAGCUUAAGGCAAAUUCAUAGCUAUGAACCCUUGUAAAUAUCAAAAAGAAGUUAAAUACUUCCAACAUACAAGGCAUAGUGUAAAUAUUCCCAUUCUAAAAACAAGGAACAAGGGGACAGAAACCAAUGGGACCAAAGCAAGAUCGAAACCCAGCAAAGCAAACAUUAAAUUCUGUAGCUCCAAGUCUGGCACCUGGGGCAAGUUGUGGCAAUGGGAUGUGAAGUCCAAAGGGCUUGGGUGAUGCCGUUCCUAAGGCAUUGCUGGUGGCUUUAGCUCUCAUUGCUUUGCUUACUCCUUGCAGCUCUCCUGAGCAGACAUGCCACAGUCUUGGCUUCUCCAAAAUUCUGGGCUCUCCUCUGCACUUUCAGCUUCACAUACUGCCCUCUCGGCCACACUGCCUGGCCCCCCAAGGCCUUCUUUUGAAAUCUGGGUGGAAGCCUUCCUGACCUCACAAUUCUUGCAUUUUACACACCUGUAAAAACAAAUAGCAUGUGGACAAUGCCAAGGUCUGCUGCCAGGCCUGUUGAAUUAUGGUUGUACAGGCCUCUGAGUGCCUGGAUGACUGAGCAAUAUGAGCCAGUUCCCAGGAAUCCAAUUCCUUAGGCAGCCAUUCUGGAGCACCAUGCUCUGGGACAUUCUUCUCAAAGCAGUUUUUUACUUUUGCAAUUUUAAGCCUGCAGUGGGUGGGCCCUUGCCUAUUUCUCACAUGCCCUCUACUGAUCUUAUUGUCCUGCUGUAAAGUACUUGGCUUCUCUUUUUUUAUUAGAACAUGUUUGCAGUACAUGCAGUUUACAAUUAUCUUGGGGAGUGGGUAUAUGUACAUAAUACAACUUGCUUCUGUUUUUAAUCCCUUUUCCUUUCCCCUUCCCCUCCCUCCCUCUUCCUCCUCUGAUUCCCUUUUCCCCGUUUUCAUUUUUGUUGAUACUAUUAAUCUUAGCUCAUGUUUAUGGCAUAUAAAUGCUUACAUUCAUGAAAUAACUAGGUCCCUGUACAUGGCACAUCUUUAUUCUACUUAUUUCCCCUUCCCUUCCUCCUUAGCCCUUGCCCUUAGUCUCUUGGGCCCCUCUAUUUACAAGAGAUCCAUCUCUUUGUCCCUUUCUAUCCAUCCUUUAUUAUUAUUUUUGUUUGUACUUUGUCUUACUCAAAUGAGAGAUACCAUACA